CCUUAAAAACUAACAUACUCCCCCCCCACACACACACAAACCAGCAGGACUAAAUGGAAGAUUCAGAAGACAAUGAAAUUAGGGCACACUUUCCAGUUUCCUUCGGAAAAAAACCCAAAUCAAAAACCUCCAUCGAAUCACUUCACAACGCCACGCGCCGCCCAUCCACCACCUCAUCAUCCCCUUUUCCUUCCCUUUCAUCAUCCUCAAAAUCAUGGCUCAAUUCCCUCAAUAAAAACCCUAAACAAAACACAACCAAUGACCAUAACAAUGAUGAUGACGUAGCAAUUGGCCCGCCCCGCCCUCCGCCGAUAUCGAAUUCGGCUGAUGGAGAAGCUAAUGAUGAUGAUGAUAAUGUUGUCAUUGGACCUCCGGUUAAUGAUAAUGGAAAUAAUAAUGAUGACGAUGAGGUGGUUAUCGGUCCGCCGCGGCCGCCGGUGAAUUCGGAUAGUGAUGAUGAGGAUGAAGAUGACGAUGAAUACGAAAAUCGGCAUAAAAUUCCCCUUAGUAAUGAGAUUGUUUUGAAAGGACACUCUAAGGUGGUUUCUGCUCUUGCUAUCGACCAUUCUGGAUCUAGGGUACUUUCUGGAAGUUAUGAUUACACAGUUCGUAUGUAUGAUUUUCAAGGGAUGAAUGCUCGUUUGGAAUCAUUUAGACAGAUUGAACCUUCUGAAGGACAUCAAGUUCGUAGCUUAAGCUGGAGUCCUACUGCAGAUCGAUUCUUGUGUGUUACUGGAUCUGCCCAAGCUAAGAUAUAUGACCGUGAUGGGUUGACGCUUGGAGAGUUUGUGAAAGGUGAUAUGUAUAUACGUGAUCUGAAGAAUACGAAAGGCCACAUAACUGGAUUGACAUGUGGAGAAUGGCAUCCAAAGACAAAAGAGACCGUUUUAACAUCAUCAGAGGAUGGUUCAUUGCGCAUAUGGGAUGUCAAUGAUUUCAAUUCUCAAAAGCAGGUCAUUAAACCGAAACUGGCAAGACCCGGAAGGACCCCUGUCACCACAUGUACUUGGGAUCGUGAAGGGAAGUCCAUUGCUGGUGGUAUUGGUGACGGGUCUAUACAGAUAUGGAGCAUUAAGCCUGGAUGGGGAAGUCGGCCCGACAUCUAUGUUGCCAAUGGUCAUUCAGAUGAAAUCAGUAGUCUUAAAUUUUCUAGUGAUGGACGAAUAUUACUCUCCAGAAGUUUUGAUGGCUCAUUAAAGGUGUGGGAUUUACGUCAAAUGAAGACAGCAUUAAAGUCAUUUGAGGACCUUCCGAAUCACUAUGCACAAACUAAUGUGGCUUUUAGUCCUGAUGAGCAGCUCUUCUUAACGGGUACAUCUGUGGAAAGGGAUAGCACGACUGGUGGGUUGCUAUGUUUAUUUGAUAGACAAAAACUCGAGCUUGUAUCAAAAGUGGGGAUAUCACCCACCUGUAGUGUUGUGCAGUGUGCCUGGCAUCCAAAAUUGAAUCAGAUUUUUGCAACCGCAGGGGAUAAACGCCAAGGAGGAACUCAUGUAUUAUACGAUCCUACACUCAGUGCCAGAGGUGCACUUGUCUGUGUUGCUCGUGCACCUAGGAAAAAGUCUGUUGAUGAUUUCCAGGCUGAACCCGUUAUCCACAACCCUCAUGCACUUCCAUUAUUUAGAGACCAGCCUAGUCGUAAGCGUCAGCGUGAGAAAAUCUUGAAAGAUCCACUUAAGUCUCAUAAGCCUGAAGCUCCAAUGAACGGACCAGGAUUUGGUGGGAGAGUAGGUGUAACUAAGGGAAGCUUGUUGACUCAAUAUCUUCUCAAGCAAGGUGGCAUGAUUAAAGAAACAUGGAUGGAUGAAGAUCCAAGAGAGGCUAUCUUAAAAUAUGCCGAUGUGGCUGAAAAAGAUCCAAAGUUCAUCGCUCCAGCUUAUGCAGAGACUCAACCGAAACAAAUUUUUGCAAAUUCUGAUUCCGAGGAUGAAGACAAGUGAUGACAAUUUGUCAUCUUGGUAUGAUAUUCGACGGUACUUUAGGCAAGCAUAAGAUCUUUGUACUUCUUUGACUUAUCUCCUAUAGAGAAUGAGGAUACAGCAAAAGAUGUUUGUGAUCGUGAGGCAUGACUAGAUUAUAAAAUAUCAACUGAAGAUCUUUGCAGUUCAUGCCUUUAUGGUGAAAAGUUUACCAGAAAGUGUACUCCAGGUGUCCAACACGCAUAUUGGUUUCAGUGCUCGGUCGAAUGGACCACAAAUGGUCACAUAUUAUAAAAUCUGUAACUUUCGUUAGACAUGAAGUGCGUAUAUGUAGCUUAGGAAUGAUGUUGAUACAGUUAGGUUAUAAUUUGUAUUGACUAUAUAACAUAUGACAUAUGUAAACCACAAACUUCAGUAUGAAAGAUUUCUUCCGAGACUUGAAUCAA